CCUUUCACGGCAAAGCGAACCAAGAUGGCGGCUGUUGUUGAAAAUGUUGUAAAACUGCUGGGAGAGCAGUGCUAUAGAGAUGCCAUGGAGCAGUGCCAUAACUACAACGCCCGGCUAUGUGCUGAGAGGAGUGUCCGAAUGCCCUUCCUGGACUCUCAGACUGGAGUGGCGCAGAGCAACUGUUACAUUUGGAUGGAGAAGAGACACAGGGGACCAGGAGUGGCCCCAGGACAGCUGUACACCUACCCAUCCCGCAGGUGGAGGAAGAAACGACGAGCCCUCCCCCCAGAGGAUCCCCGGCUGGUCUUCCCCCCUCUAAAGUCAGAACUGGACUUGGGUUUUAAGAAAGAUGCCCUGUCAUCAUCUGAUGGCAGCAGUCUGGAAGCCCUGCUGAAGGGGGAACCCCUGGACAAACGGCGUCUUCCGGAGCUUCAUGGGCCAGAAGAGGAGUCCAGUCUGGCAGACUACACUUGUGGGGGAGUCACCCCUGCAGCACGUGUCAGAAAGAGAGUCCUGGAGGCAGAUGACUUCCUGGAUAACUUGGAGGAUGAGGACUAUGAGGAGGACACCCCCAAAAGAAGAGGCAAAGGAAAGGGAAAGGGUCGUGGAGUGAGCAGUGCCAAGAAGAAGCUGGAUGCUGCGGCGGCUGCACUGGAGGACAAGGACAAGCCUUACUCCUGUGACAGUGAGUCCCAGCAGGGCCUUGGAGGAGAACAGUGGGAGUGCAGAUGGCUUUGGAGGAGAACAGUGGGAGUGCAGAUGGCUUUGGAGGAGAACAGUGGGAGUGCAGAUGGCUUUGGAGGAGAACAGUGGGAGUGCAGAUGGCUUUGGAGGAGAACAGUGGGAGUGCAGAUGGCUUUGGAGGAGAACAGUGGGAGUGCAGAUGGCUUUGGAGGAGAACAGUGGGAGUGCAGAGGGCUUUGGAGGAGAACAGUGGGAGUGCAGAUGGCUUUGGAGGAGGGCCUACUCUCUUUACUCCCUAGGAACUCUCUUGUUGGGAAGCGGACAGUCGGUUGUUUUUCACUCCUGAAAUUGUCUUCCAUUGCAGAUGAAACUCGGGUCUGUGGGAAGCGUUACAAGAACCGUCCGGGCCUGAGCUACCACUAUGCCCACUCCCACCUGGCUGAGGAGGAGGGAGGGGACAAGGAGGAGCCUGAGGUCCACACCCCCACCCCGCCCCAGCCUGAGGAGCCCAAGACACCCAAGAAAGGUCCAGACGGUUUGGCGAUACCCAAUAACUACUGUGACUUCUGCCUGGGAGACUCUGCCCUCAACCAGAAGACGGGCCAGUCAGAGGAGCUGCAGUCCUGCUCAGACUGUGGACGUUCAGGCCACCCGUCCUGCCUGCAGUUCACCCCUGUGAUGAUGGCUGCAGUGAAGACCUACCGCUGGCAGUGCAUCGAGUGCAAGUGCUGCAACAUCUGUGGCACCUCAGAGAACGACGACCAGCUUCUCUUCUGUGAUGACUGUGAUAGAGGCUAUCACAUGUACUGUCUCAGCCCUGCUAUGGCUGAACCUCCAGAAGGGAGCUGGAGCUGCCAUCUGUGUCUGGACCUGUUGAAAGACAAGGCGUCAAUAUACCAGACACCUAAUGCCCCUCCGUCGUGAUGGACCCCCACCCUCUCACAGGUUCUCUAUCACUGGUCAGCAGAGAGGAGUGAGUGGGACAGAUGACUUGUGAAAAGGGAAGCAUACCUCACCAACCUCCCUUCUGAAACAGGCCUCGGGGAAGCAUACCUUACCAACCCCCCUUCUGAAACAGGCCUCGGGGAAGCAUACCUCACCAACCCCCCUUCUGAAACAGGCCUCGGGGAAGCAUACCUCACCAACCCCCCUUCUGAAACAGGCCCUCGGGGAAGCAUACCUUACCAACCACCCUUCUGAAACAGGCCUCGGAGAAGCAUACCUUACCAGCCCCUUGCUGAAAAAGGCCUCGGUUUGGAAGGGAACACCUUACCAAGCCCGUGCUGAAACAGGUCUUGGUUUGGUUCUUAUAUGGCUGUUACACAGUUCCGAGCUCAAGUGACCCAUAGGCUUUUGUUUUCAACUAUUUGUCAAUAUAUCAAACUCAAUGUGUCUAUCCUGAACUUGACAAUACAUGAAGUUUGUUUGAGUGGCUUAAACCACAAACUGCUUUUGCCAGCCAAAAUACCUGAACACAGUCUCACAUAGUUCAUGCACACGACUGCUCAGAUCCUACUUUUAUUCGGCAAAAUAUCAGUUUUGCAUGUAGAGGAGAGAAAUUGUUUGAGUCAAUUAGCAUGGCAAUGCUUGUUCAUAAUAAGAACAUGUUCAAAGGUUUUGUAUAUUUAUAUAUUUGUAUAGAAUAUAAAGGUGGGAAUUAUUUAAAAGCUGCCCUCUGUUCAGCCAUUACAUUCCUUGACAUUCAAAAAGACUGGAGUGGCAAGGAGUGGAAUGCUAGCUAAAAAGACUGGUAUUCAGACUACCUGAUGUGGAGACAAUAUUGAGAGUUAGGAAGCAUUGGGUGUUAAGAGGGCCUUACUAUUACAUCAAUCUCUAUCUCGGUGAGAGAAAGAGGACUUUGGCUUAACAAUUUUUUUUAUUUUUUUUUAAGGAAUUAAAGAUUGGGUGUUUGCUGCUGUUGA